GAAGGAAAAGGGGAGUGGGAAAGAUGUUUUUAUUAUAUACUCUUUCCUCCCUUUCUCCCUUCCUCCCUCUCCUUCCUUCCUUCUUUCCUUCCUUUCUACUCAUUUCGCUUUAAUACACUCACAUCCACAAGAAUUCUCACUUUUUAUAUUUCUUUGUUACAUAUUAGCACCAUGACCACAAUUAGGAACCCUUUUGAUUAUCCUGACAUCAGAACCCAUCUCUGCCGAUUCCUCGCGUGGAACAGUAUGGUUGCCUGCAGUCAAGUCUCAAAAGAAUGGAACCGCAUGUUUAGUGAACAGAUCUGGCGAAAAAUUGAUCUCAAAGACCAGCAAAAGUUCAAGGAGUUGGACUCAGAUACGGUUGCAAAGAACGGACAUCUUAUUCGUAGCAUUGCUAGUAUCAGGAAACGAUCAGACCUCGAUCUAUUUAGGGAUCCUAGCAUUACGAAGCUGGAAAACUUGAGCCUCCAAUUGAAAACUAAAUCAGGUUUCGUGAACCUCCUAUCAGAGAUCCUGCAGAGAAACAUUGAUACUCUCACCAGCCUUGAGCUUAGUGGCAAUUCCAGUCGCGAUAUUCCUGACUCGUUUGAUGUUGCAGAUGCACUCUUCCCAGCUGGCUCUACGACAACCUUGAAGCUUAAUAAACUUAAGCUUGCGCACCUAACGAUCACGCAAGAUGCUCUUUCUACUGUCCUUUCACGCUGUCCUGAUCUCAAGGAUCUUGACAUUCGAAAGUGUGUGGUGACGACCAAAACCGAAGGAGAGCCGUAUAAGCAUGAAGGUGUGACGCGCUUAUUUGCAUCAGUUGAGCAGGUCUUUGAUCCCGACAAUGGUAAAGAAGUUACCCCACUGUUGGCACAAUUCCCCAAUCUUACGUUCUGGGAAACCUGGAGCAGCAAGAACAACCUGGAUAACCCAACACCAGCGACCAUUCAAGCCAAGAUUCGAGAGUAUUGCCCAAAACUUAAGGAGAUGUAUGUGGAUGACUCUGCCAGCUCGAUUACCCAUGAGCUUUUAGCAGAUGGCUCCGAGAAUCUGUCGUCUAUUUGUUUCCAAUACAAGACAAUCGAUGCUUCUGUAGUCUUGGGCAUUCUAACCAAUAGGGCAACACUAAAGACGCUCCGUACAUACGCCCCUACAGACGACGGUUGGAGCUAUCACGCAGAUACAGUGCCCGAGUCACGCGAGCGCUUUACUGAAGGAUGGAUGGUUCACCUUGUUAUGUCAAGCCCUCAAUUAACUGUUUUGGAUUUCCCGGAGCAUGAGGUGAGGAUGAAUAGGAUCGAACAUUUCCCCUGGGCCUGUAAGGAUCUCAAGGAACUCCGUGUUCGUUUCCACGGUCUCAACACACAGGGGUUGAUUAUGGCCACCAUCAAGAGAUGGGCUCGAGGGGUUCAGUCAAGACGAUAUGGAUUACCAGCAUCGGAAGAGAGGACAGAAUCUGAGCCAGCCAAGGUCGAAACAGCAACAGUUGAAGUACCAGCAGCAGUUGAAGCACCAGUAGCAGUUGAAGCACCAGUAGCAGUCGAAGUACCGGUAACAAUUGAAGUACCAGCAGGAAAUGUGGCAGUAGAACAAAUGGCCGCGAACAUGCCAGCAGAUGGGCAAGUGGAGCAAGGAGAACAAGGAGAACAGGUGGCCCAAGCAGAGCAAGAAGGGCAGGGGGCGCAAGUGGAGCAAGGGGCACAAGGAGAGCAACCAGAGCAAGGGGAACAACCACAGCAAGCAACAGAGGAAGAUGGGAGAGAUGGCGCAGCAGACAAUGAAAACAGCGAGGUGGAGGUGUCUGAUGACGAUCACCCCCUUGUACACAAAGUUGCAGACCACUUGCUGCAGUUUGAAAAGCUUACGACGGUGUGGCUGGGCUACAAAGUCUGGACUGUAUAAAAAAGGACGAUGCACCUCCCAGUAAAAUACGAAUAAAACAUUUAAAAAUGUCCUCCAG